AUGAAGGAUUUGGGCGUGGUUACGCUCCUGUUGACCAUAGAGUUCCUGGAUGUCAUCGUCUACACUGUAAGCAAAGCUGCCAUGAAGAAGGGCAUGAAUGAUUUUGUGUUUGUCAUGUACUCUAACGCCAUUGCAUCUUGCUUACUUCUUCCCUUAGCCUUAUUCUUUUACAGGAAAAGGGCUCUUCCGCCACUCACAUGUUGCAUAGCGGCCCAAAUAUUUGUUAAUGGCUUGUUAAGUUGCAGUGUCCAGUUGCUCAGGUUUUUUGGAAUAGGUUACAGCUCUCCUACUUUGGCCACUGCAAUGUCUGACUUAAUCCCUGCUUUUACCUUCGUACUUGCCAUCUUCUUCAGGAUGGAAAAGUUGGAUUGGAAAACUAAUAGCACACGGGCCAAGUCCAUUGGCACAUUUGUAUCAAUCACUGGAGCCUUGAUAAUUACUUUGUUCAAAGGCCAGGCUAUCAUAAAUAAUCAUCCAUCUAACAAAUUGUUUCACAAAAAUUUUGUUUCAUCUGAGCAAUUUGAUUGGGUAAUAGGAUCAGUGUUGCUUGCGGGUCAUAGCUUUGUUCUCGCAUUGUUGUUUAUAGUUCAGACAUGGAUAAUCAGAAAUUACCCUGCAGAGCUUGUGGUAGUGCUCAUUCGCGGUAUGUUAGUCUCUCUGCUAUCUGUUCCAGCUUCACUGAUUUCAGUACAGGAUCCAAAAGAUUUGAGACUGGGAUUUGAUGUGCAGUUGAUAGCCAUUGGAUGUCAAGCAAUUUUCAGUGUAUCCUUUAGAAGUGUUGUUCAUAUAUGGGUCUUGGGAAAGAAGGGCCCUCUCUAUGUUGCAAUGUUUAAGCCAAUUGGAAUAGUCUUUGCCGCCAUAAUGGGCAUUUCAUUUCUUGGAGACUCUCUCUAUCUUGGCAGUGUGCUUGGAGCAGUCAUAGUGGUGAUUGGUUUUUAUGCUGUUCUCUGGGGGAAAAGCCAAGAAAGAACGAAGGAAGAGAUUCAAGUUCAUAUGUUGGAAUCACCCUCGCCCGUUGUCCCUCUUUUGCAGAACAAGAGAAUGGAAGAAUAG